CAUAUUGCCGGCAUCAAAAGAGACAUAUACAGACGCACAACACGUCGGAGCUUCGGAGUGUGUAAGCAGUAGUAACAUUGCCGUCUAUUCACGAGCUGAACGAUUUCAAUAAAAAUGUCUGUCAUGGGAAAGCCUGUACUGUAUUCGUAUUGGAGAAGUUCUUGCUCGUGGCGAGUGAGAAUUGCUUUAAAUCUCAAAGAAAUACCAUACGAUAUAAAACCAGUUAGCUUGGUUAAAAGCGGCGGCGAACAGCACAGCAAUGAAUUUCGAGAGGUAAAUCCGAUGGAGCAGGUUCCAGCACUUCAUAUUGACAAUCACACACUUAUUGAAUCCUUAAAUAUUUUACUAUAUUUGGAAGAAACGAGACCACAUCGCCCCUUACUGCCAGCAGAUCCUAUAAAGAGAGCUAGAGUAAGAGAGAUAUGCGAAGUAAUUGCAUCUGGAAUUCAGCCUUUACAAAAUCUAAUUGUUCUCAUUUACGUUGGAGAAGAACGUAAAAAAGAGUGGGCACAGCACUGGAUAACUAGAGGUUUUACAGCCAUAGAAAAAUUGCUGUCAUCGAGCGCUGGAAAGUACUGCGUGGGCGAUGAAAUCACAUUAGCAGAUUGCUGCCUCGUACCACAGAUUUUCAAUGCCAGAAGGUUCCACGUCGAUUUGAGACCAUUCCCGACCAUUUUGCGAGUUGAUCGAAAUUUGGAGAAUCAUCCUGCUUUCACAGCAGCUCAUCCUAAUAAUCAGCCCGACUGCCCACCUGAAGCUACUAAAUAGCAAGCAAGACAGACCACCCUGUUUCUCUUCUAACUAUGGAAGAAAGCAAAAGGGGUGGUCUGUGAUUUCGUGGUUUGUCGACGAUUAAAGGUGCACGUUACUAGCAAUAAAAAUGCUGGUUUAACGAACGACGAGCGAAUGUAAAUUAUGAAGACAAAUUAAAGUUUAACGAAUGCAAAAAGGCAAAAAUCAAGGAGGUGACUAGGAAAGCAGUUCAAUCAAUAUUGGGUUAUAAUAUCAAUUGAACUGGUCUCUCAGGCAUACUAUCAAUUGAUGAGCUUCUUAGGAUGGAAAAUACUACAUUCAUUGCUACUUUCAAUGAACAUAAAAAGAGAAAAUAUAUAAAGAUUUGCUUGUCUAUGUUUCUCACUUGUGAUAAAUACCCUGAGUAAGAAAACCAAGCUUGCCCUUCCAAGACAAUUGGACACCUUUCUCGUUCAAAAGCCACGAUUUUACUUCAAAAUGAUAUUGUGAACAAGGCACUAGUUACAUUUUGCAUUUCGUAUUUUUGUUGACAUAUUAUACAUUUUUUUAUUCAUUGUCAUCGUAUUUUGUAAUAUUACUAGAAUAAGAAUGAUGUUUAUGUAUUUUUCUAUGUUAU